UCUUCUGUUUUUCAAGUAGAUGAAGCAAAAGUCAAUUACAAUAGUCAGAAAGCUCUACUUUGUUAUACUUAGAAACUUGUAAAAGUGCUUAAGAUUUCACCUGAAAGUCCAACAUGAAGAAAAUACAGGCUCUCCCAUGCCCCAUUCUAAGAAGGAAAAAGGACCAUUUUCAUUUUAGUAACGUUUCUGUUCUGCAGACAGUUUGGAUAACUAGCUCGUACUUUUUAUCUUUAAAAACUGUUUUUCCAGUGAAGUUAGGUAUAAUUAUUUACUUCAAGCAUAAGUAUAUCAAAUUAUUUUAGAAAUGUAAGACUUUUCUUAUGCUUCAUAAAAUACAGUAUGAAAGUGAUUCUUGUUGACUAUGUACAUUUGACUAUAAUAAUUUCAAUGCAUAUUAUUUCUAUUGAGAGUAAGUUACAGUUUUUGGCAAACUGCCUUUGAUGAGGGCUAUCUCCUCUUCCUGUGCGUUUCUAAAACUUGUGAUGCAAACGCUCCCACCCUUUUCUGGGAACACAGAAAGCCUGACUCAGGCAGCUGCCGCUAUUAAAGCAGCUCCAGCCCUGCACACUCCCUGCUGGGGUGAGCAGCACUGUAAAGAUGAAGCUGGCUAACUGGUACUGGCUGAGCUCAGCUGUUCUGGCCACUUACAGUUUUUUGGUUGUGGCAAACAAUGAAACAGAGGAAAUUAAAGAUGAAAGAGCAAAGGACGUCUGCCCAGUGAGACUAGAAAGCCGAGGGAAAUGCGAAGAGGCAGGGGAGUGCCCCUACCAGGUAAGCCUGCCCCCCUUGACUAUUCAGCUCCCGAAGCAAUUCAGCAGGAUCGAGGAGGUGUUCAAAGAAGUCCAGAACCUCAAGGAAAUCGUAAAUAGUCUAAAGAAAUCUUGCCAAGACUGCAAGCUGCAGGCUGAUGACAACGGAGACCCAGGCAGAAACGGACUGCUGUUACCUAGUACAGGAGCCCCAGGAGAGGUUGGUGAUAACAGAGUUAGAGAAUUAGAGAGUGAGGUUAACAAGCUGUCCUCUGAGCUAAAGAAUGCCAAAGAGGAGAUCAAUGUACUUCAUGGUCGCCUAGAGAAGCUGAAUCUUGUAAAUAUGAACAACAUAGAAAGUUAUGUUGACAGCAAAGUGGCAAAUCUAACAUUUGUUGUCAAUAGUUUGGAUGGCAAAUGUUCAAAGUGUCCCAGCCAAGAACAAAUACAGUCACAUCCAGUUCAACAUCUAAUAUAUAAAGAUUGCUCUGACUACUAUGCAAUAGGCAAAAGAAGCAGUGAGACCUACAGAGUUACACCUGAUCCCAAAAACCGUAGCUUUGAAGUUUACUGUGACAUGGAGACCAUGGGGGGAGGCUGGACAGUGCUGCAGGCACGUCUCGAUGGGAGCACCAACUUCACCAGAACAUGGCAAGACUACAAAGCAGGCUUUGGAAACCUCAGAAGGGAAUUUUGGCUGGGGAACGAUAAAAUUCAUCUUCUGACCAAGAGUAAGGAAAUGAUUCUGAGAAUAGAUCUUGAAGACUUUAAUGGUGUCAAACUAUAUGCCUUGUAUGAUCAGUUUUACGUGGCUAAUGAGUUUCUCAAAUACCGUUUACACGUUGGUAACUAUAAUGGCACAGCUGGAGAUGCAUUACGUUUCAACAAACAUUACAACCACGAUCUGAAGUUUUUCACCACCCCAGAUAAAGACAAUGAUCGAUAUCCUUCUGGGAACUGUGGGCUGUACUACAGUUCAGGCUGGUGGUUUGAUGCAUGUCUUUCUGCAAACUUAAAUGGUAAAUAUUAUCACCAAAAAUACAGAGGUGUCCGUAAUGGGAUUUUCUGGGGCACCUGGCCUGGUGUAAGUGAGGCACACCCUGGUGGCUACAAGUCCUCCUUUAAAGAGGCUAAGAUGAUGAUCAGACCCAAGCACUUUAAGCCAUAAAUCACUCUGUUCAUUCCUCCAGGUAUUCGUUAUCUAACAGGACAAUUAAUUCCUUCAGCAUUUUAGAAUAUGCCUUGUUUCAUAUUUUUCAUAGCUAAAAAAUGAUGUCUGACUGCUAGGUUCUUAUGCUACACAGCAUUUGAAAUAAAGCUGAAAAACAAUGCAUUUUAAAGGGGUCCUUUGUUGUUACGCUGUUAUCCAAUGGACACUUGCAAGCAAUUAGGAAUAUUGAGAAUUAUACAUUAGAUUUAUAAUUCUUUUAAUUUCUAUUAAUUGAAACAUUUUCUAUUGCUUAUAUUACUUGCUAUAUUUAAAAAAUAAUUGUUGGCUGGGUGUGGUAGCUCAUGCCUGUAAUCCCAGCAAUUUGGAAUGUCAAGGCGGGCAGAUCAGUUGAGUUCAGGAGUUUGAGACCAGCCUGGCCAACAUGUGAAAUGCUAUCUCUAUUAAAAAUACAAAAAUUAGCUGGGCAUGGUGGUACAUACCUGUAAUCCUAGCUACUUGGGAGGCUGAGGCAGGAGAAUCGCUUGAACCUGAGAGGAAGAGGUUGCAGUGAGCCAAGACUGAGCCACUGCACUCCAGUCUGGGUGACAGAGCGAAACUCUGUCUCAAACAAAAAAAUAAUAAAUUUAUUCAGUAGGCUAGAUUCUACACUAAGUUAUCUGUAUUUGGGCCAUGAUUUAAGCUCAUCUGAAGGUAUAUCACCCUUUUCAGGCUAUAAUUAUUUGCGUAAUCUUCAUUCUGAGAUAAACUUAAUCUAUUUAGCAUUUACUUUGCAACAGAACAACCCUACAGCAUUUUAGUUCCCAGACUAAGGGAACUAAUACAUAUAUAAUUAAACUUGUUCAUCUAUCAUUCAUGAAAUGUAAAAUAAUUAUCAUUUAAACCGUUUAAAAAUGUGGUAGCAUAAUGUCACAUUAUGCUACAUUCAGAAAGCAAUGUAACUGUGAAGACCAGGGUUUAAAGGUAAUUCAUUUACAGUUUAUAACUCCUUAGAUGUUUGAUACUGAAAACUGCUUUGACAUGAAAAUUAUCUUCCUCUGCUCUGCAUAAACAACAGCUUUUAAUUUAAGAUUGCUCACUGCUGUACUAGACUACUGGUAGGUUUUCUUUUUGUUUGUUUUUUGUUUUUUUCUGGUGGGUUGGGGGUAUGUGGGGAAUGAAGCAUUUACUUAUAGGCUAUAAUACUCUGAGGCCAAUUUUAUAUCCAAAGCAAUAAUAUCAUUAAGUGAUUCACACUUCACAGAAGACUAAGUUUUUCUAGGACAAAUAGAAAACAUGAAUUUUGAAAUAUAUAGAACAGUAGUUCAAAUACUAUAUAUUUCAACCCUGACUGGUAGAUUGUUUAUUUUACUAUUAGAAAUUAAGAGACAGAUUUUUACUCAAACAGAAAUAUCUGUAAUUUUUAUAAUUCAUUCAGUAAUUCUGGAAUGCUAUAUAUAAUAUUUAAAAGACUUUUUAAAUGUGUUUAAUUUCAUCAUUGUAAAAAGGGAUCAUCUCAGAGAGAACAGCAGUAUUCUUCAUAUUUUAAAAAAUGCUCUAGAGUAACAUUUGAAGUAAUUUGCUGUCGUGUAUGCCAGUCCUAGAAAUAAAUUUUUAAGUUUCUGAUGUCUGUUUCUAAUACACUAACCAAGUUUUCAAAAUAUACUUACAAAGAUGCAUCUUUACCCAUUAUUUUAAAAUGAUUAAGGAGGAUAGUUGCUUCAGGUAACAAGCUAAUUUUUCAAAUACUAGGCCCUUACAGAACUAUUUAGUCAAAAAAAGAUAUUCCUUUAAAAUACAUAACCCAAAGCUUUCAGUUAAACAUGAUAUAUCACAAAUGCUAUUAAAAUGUUAAAGCAAGAGGAAUGCAAAUAGCAUUAAAUGUUGACCAAAAUGUAAAAUAUUGUAGAUUUCAAAAGCUGUGUAUCUAUUAGAUGGGAUACCAAAUGUAAAUGAUGUAACUAAUGUUGUUUUUUCACUUUUUGCUUUUUAAAAGAAGACUAAAAAUGUUUUGAUAUUAUACAAUGUAUUUGUUUCAGAUAAGGUCAUUUUCAUUUAGUAUAUAUAAUUAUUGUGUGUAUAAGUUUAAGUAAAUUCCUGUAAAUAAAAAUGGAUUUAUCACAAAAUACAGUUCUAAAGAAAGGUAUAUGCUCAUAUCCAGAGUGUCCAUUGAUUUAAUGGGAACUAGGUAUAACUUCAGGAGAAUUUUGCAACUAAUUCACUAAUCUAUGUAAAUAUCCAAAAGCUUGUUCUGUCUUUCCGCAUUAUUUCAAGGGAUCAUUUUAUUUUUCAUUCUACUUUCACAGCACUUUUCUAGUAAAUUCUGUAACACAGAAAUUCCAUCUUGGAAUCAUUUCAUGUUACCAAUAAUUCUACACUUUUAUAACAUUUAACAUGUUGAUGGAAAUAGAUAUCUGCUAGAGUCUUUUGCUUUAACUAUUCACUAACAUAUGCUAAUGUUCACAAAUAUGGAUUGACUGUUUACAAACAUUAGAAUCUUGUCUUGGUUCCAUUUUGAUGGCUAAUAUUUGUUAUCUUAAUUAAGACUGUAUUUCUGAUGUUAUCAUUCCUCGAAAAUAUUGACUAAAACUGGGUCCUUAGAAAUUCCAGGUGGAGCUGAUUUACCGAUGACUGAGGGAAAAAAUCAAAUUUUACUGGUAAUAGUAAUGCUCCAAAUCAAUUAAUGACACAUCUGUUCAAUAAAUAAAGAGCUUAAAUAUACAUAACAUAAGAAAUAUCUGAGCAACAAAAUUUGCGGUCUUUACUUUUGAAUAGCUACCCAAGAAAAGGUUUUAAAGGUAAAAGUUAUGAGUAAUGUCAUCACAAUAAGCUCUUGUUUAAAAUUCUUUUAUGUAUAAUUAGGUUUAUGUUUCAUGUCUUUUUAAAACCUUAUAAAAGAUUUAACUAUCACAUCUAUUCUUCAAUGUGGAAACAUUAAAUAUUUUUGGUUGUAAAAUAAUAUUUAUGUACUUGUGUCUGAAAAGUUGUAAAAUGCUUACCUAAGCUAAACGAUAUCUGUGACUCCGAAGACUUUAAUGAGUACUAUUUCAUUAACAAGAAGUCAGAGGCAAAUAGAGGAACACCAUUGUCUUACUUCUGUCUAGAAUACUGUUGAAACAUUUGAAAUACAAAAGUUUCGCUUUCA